CCGCUCAUAGCGGGAGCGUAGGUGCACUAAGGCUACCGUUUUUAAGCUAAUACUAUUGGAGACUUGAAGUAUAGGAAGAAUUUGCAGUCUGGUCACGAUAGAGCGCCCCCCCCCCCCCCAAAAAAAAAAAAAGUUCUUUUUUUAGUUAUCGUUGGAAACCUUCUAUCAAAUUCAAACAUCUUUUUUGGUUCUCCUUUUCAGCUCAUCGAGGACAUGACCCUUUUAUAGGAGGGUGUAGAGGUUAAUAAUUAGGGUACUUGGACGUUUUGCUUUCCGAUUCCCAGAGUAUUAGUUUUAUUCUUGAUUUUUCGUAUUCUUAGAUUUUUAUUACUAGUUGUUGCUUCUUUAGCCUCGAUUUCUUAGUAUCUUCUUGUUUGUGCUUGUUGCUACUGUUUGUUUGUGCUUGUUGCUACUGUUUUCUUUUACGUUUUUCUUUGAGUUGAGGGUCUAGUGAGGUCUGCCUAUACUCUACCCUCCCCGGACUCCACUCGUGGGAUUACAUUGGAUUUGUUGUUGUUGUUGUUGUUCUUUCUAAGUUGUUCAACACAGAGUCUCUGUUGAUUAGUUUUGCUUAAGUUUUUCCCUACUCUUUUCGUUGUGUGCCAGUGAUGAUGAUGGAAUAAGUAUUUCAGUUUCUAGGUAAUUGGUUGAUGUGUAAUAUUUAGAGAAUAUGUUACAGAGAUGGUCGAUGCAAUGAAGAAUGUUGCAAAUAUGGAUGUUGAAUUGACAGUGGAGGAGAGGAAUUUGUUAUCUGAUGGUUAUAAGAAUAUAGUAGGAUCUAGGAGAGCAUCGUGGAGGAUCUUGUCUUCCAUUGAGCAGAGGGAAGAGUCUAGAGGAAAUGAGCAUAAUGUGAAACAGAUCCAGGUGUACCGGCAAAAAGUAGAGUCUGAGCUCACCGACAUUUGCAAUAAUAUCAUGAUUGUGAUUGAUGAGCAUCUGAUUCCAUCAUGUACUUCUGGCGAAUCAACCGUGUUUUACUACAAAAUGAAAGGGGAUUAUUAUCGAUAUCUUGCAGAGUUCAAAACGGGUGAAGACAAGAAAGAGGUUUCCGAUCUGUCUUUAAAAGCAUAUCAG